UGUUACAUUUUCAAAAACACUCUCUGUUACUUGGAAAUUAGGUCAUUUGCAAUAUACUUAUUUAAUGCUGAAUCCAGAAAUUUAACUCUUAAUGAUAAAAAUUUAUCGAUAAAAUAUUGAUCCACUCGAUUUCAGAAGUGUCUUGACGACUGUUUAUAUAUGACUAUGUUAUGCCAAAAGAAGCCAGGUAGAAAAAGAAUAAGACCUUCAGAUGAUAUUUCAGGGAUUUGUAUUUUGAUGAUUUUAUACAUUUUGCAGGGUAUACCUAUUGGUCUAGCUGCAUCUAUUCCAUUUAUGUUACAAUCAAGUUAUUAUACCGGAAGUUAUCAAGCACAAGCUACAUUUUCAUUGGUAAUCUGGCCAUUUUCAUUCAAAUUAGCUUGGGCUCCAAUCAUUGAUUCAAUUUAUAGUACACAUAUUGGACGUCGAAAAACAUGGCUUAUUCCAACACAAUAUGCUAUUGGAAUUGAAUUAAUUAUUUUAGCCAAUUAUAUAAAUAGUUGGUUAGGACGUGAUCCAAAUAAUCCAUGGAGUCCAUUGGGUACACAUCAUCCAGUUGAUAUUAUACGUUUAACAGUUGCAUUUUUCGGAUUGACAUUCCUUGCUGCAACACAAGAUAUCGCUGUAGAUGGAUGGGCUAUAUCAAUUCUAUCCAAGAAAAAUCUAGGUUGGGCAUCUACAUGUAAUGUUGUUGGACAAACAAUUGGAUAUGUGACUGCAUUUAUUCUAUUUUUAUGCUUAGAAUCACCUAAUAUUUCAAAUAGCUAUCUUAGAUGGACACCUAUUGAAGGUAAAGGGUUGAUUACAUUUUCUGGUUUUCUUUAUUUUUGGGGAAUUACAUUCAUGGUAACUAAUACAUUCUUAGUUUUAUUUAAACAUGAAAAUGAAUCAAAAUUAGAUACUGAAUUUAGAAAUUGUUUAAAUAAUUUAUUUAGUAAAAUAUUCAAACGAAAAACAUUCAAUGAAUCUCAUUGUUUAAAUCAUCAUUGUAAACAUGGCAACAAUAAUAAUAAUAAUAAUAAUAGUAAUUUAAUUCCUAAUGUUGAUAUUAUUCAAGAAUCUAAAAAUUCUAAUUCAUUAUAUUGUGAAUAUAAUCAUGAAGAAAUUGAUAAUAAUAUUGAUCAUUCAAAAUUAUCAUUAAAAUCAAUAAAUUUAUAUCCAAUAAAAAAUCAAUAUUUACAAGAAAAUCAUUUAAUCAAUGAUACAAUGAAUCUUGAAUUAAUUUGUAAAACAAAUUCAAUUUCAAAUAAUGUAACAAAUUAUCCUAUCGAUUGUAUGAAAACAAAAUCAAAUAAUGUAAAUGAAUAUUUAAUCGAUUGUCAUCAUAAUAAUGAUCCCAUUGAAAUGAAUCAACAAAAUUAUAAUAAUAAAAAUAUAUCUAAUCAUAAAAAUAAAAAAGAAUUAUGUUUAUCACUUGUGGAUACAUAUCGUAUUAUGUUUGGUGUAAUACGAUUAAAACCUGUUUGGCAAUUUUUAAUUUUAUUAACUACUGUUAAAGUUUGUCUUGCUGCUCCAGAAACAAUUUUCAGUUUAAAACUAAUUGAACAUGGAUUUCCAAAAGAACGUUUAGCACUUUUUGGUGUUCUGCUAAUGCCAAUACAAGCUAUAUUGCCAUUAUUAAUUACACGUUGGACUAAUGGGCCAAGACCAUUAGGAGUAUUCAUAAUUGCUUUCUUACCAAGAUUAUUGGUGACCUCGUUAACGAUUCCUAUUGUUUAUUAUACACCAUACUUUAGAAUUAUUCAGCCUAAUCAAACUCAAAUUCAAUUUAUUCAGCUAAACAGAAGUGAUUUAAAUAAUAUCACUGAUACAACUAAUUCAACAGAAAAUUAUACAGCAAAUACAGUUAAAGAUAUGACAUAUUCAUUUACUUGGUUAUUCUAUAUACUUUUAUUAAGUAAAUUAUUUGUUUACUCAAUUAUAUCAAGCAUAAUGAUGGUUGUACAGGUAGCAUUUCAUGCUAAAAUUAGUGAUCCAGCUGUUGGUGGAACAUAUAUGACUUUGUUGAAUACAGUAUCUAAUAUCGCUGGUAGUUUGCCCAGUACUGCUUUCCUUUCGUUAAUCGAACCGUUAACUAAACGUGCAUGUAUUUUGAAAGAAUUCAACCAAACAAUUAUUCAAAGUAUCAAUUCAAAUAAUUCAUUAUUGAAUAACACAACCAAUAAUGAUAAUUAUAACAAUAGUUAUUUAUUUUUUGAUAAAGAUAAAUUAGUCCAACAAUAUAAUGCAACAUGUAAACUACCCCAUGGAAUUAAAGCCUGUGAAACUAUUCAUGGAACAUGUGUUACACAAUUAGAUGGAUUUUAUAUAGAAGUGGGAUUAUCAGUUCUAUUUGGUUUAAUUGUUUAUCCAUUUUUCUUAUAUCCAAUGGCUAGCCGAUUAGAUAAUUUGCCAAGUUCAGCUUAUUCAUUUCGAUUAACUAGUACUGGAUGUUGUCCACGUCGGACACGAGGUAAAAUUCCUAUAAAUGAAAAUGAAACUGAAUGUUCACAAUUGAGCACUUUAUAAAUAUUUUUAUUUAUUUAUUUUCCUUCUAGAAAAGUUCUUUCAUUAUAAAUAAAAUAUUGAUACAUGAUAAAGAAUUUAAUAUUGAAUACUCUUUUGCUUAUUUGUUAUUCGGAUCAAUGCCAUCAUUUUAAAAUUAAUUAUCUGUAUCCUUACCAACUGUGAUGAUUUUUUAGUUUUAAUGUUCAGUUAUUAAAUACAACUAUGAUGCAUUAUAAUUCUAUCCUCGCAUUAUCCCUGUCUCUGUGUGUAUUUGUAUAAGUGAAGUAUCCUUUCAAUUUACAUUUUAUUCAAUCUAUUACAUACAUGAUUUCAUACUUUUGAUAUUACUUCAACAGUAUGACCACAUAUGUAAAUCUUAUACAAUGAAAUAAAUUUUUAACAUUCAUAUUUACUCUUGUUACCAUGUUUAUAUAACAUAGAAACAAUGAAAUUAGUACAAAUUAUUAUCAUUCAAAUUCAAUUACUUAUCAGUUUGAUUUUAAUAUAUAAUUUUUAUUGAAUUUUCAUAUGUAUAAUCUUGUAUAAAUAUGAUUUCAAUUUGUAUAACAAUAACUAUAAAAUAAAGAAAAAAAAGUUUAUUUUAUUGUAGAAAAAGAGAUUUAACAUACAAUCAAAUAGUCUAACACAAGAUGAUAAAUAUAAACUCAAUUUAUUUACAUGUGAAAUUAUCAAAGUAAAAUCACUUUAUAUGAUUGUUACUGAUAAACAUUUAGAUCAUAAACUUCACUCAAACAACAACAACAAAAUUCUUUGAGGAUAACUUCUAAUGAGAGAUGGUAACCAGAGGUAAAGUCACCUUUUGAUCAAGUAGUACAAAUAGUGUGUGUGUGUGUUACGAAUGUUCAGAUAGAGUGAAGAUAAGUUGAACAACAUAUUAAAAAUUUUAAAUCAGCACAGUUUCUUGGAUUUUAAUCCAUGAUUUAUAGCUAGGUGCUGAAUGAUUCGAUUGUUCGAUUCUAAGAAAAAUCUAUGCUAAACAAACUGAUUCUUCAUGUGCUUACCCAAUGGUUAUUUUGAGAAAUCAUCAAGAUCACAGAAAAUGAACUAUGAAUAUUUUACAUUGAAUUUUGAUGAUCAAUUUUAAAAUCAAUGAGUGAAGGCUAAUGUGAUUCAUUGAGGAUUUUCACAUUAACAUCAGGAUAAUGCUGUCAAGAAGAAAUUUAUAUUUAUAGACUCUUAAUUUUUGAGGUUAAAUAUUUCCUUACAGAUUUUCUUAAAUUCACUAUUGCUGGUAAAUAUAUUUUUAAAAACACAAAUAAAAUAACUCUUAACUUCAUCCUGAUCUAUUUGUCUUUGAAAUAAUGAAGCAGUAUUCAACAUAUUACUCACAUUUAUAUUUUCUAAUGACUUUUAUUUGGAAGCUGGUUGACAUUUUCUUUCUGCAGUUCCAACUAUUUUUGGGGGGAAUGAAUCACUGAUAUCUUCCCAGAAAAACAUUACUUACGUCAAUGACCUCACUAUACAAAAGUACAGUUCAUAUAUAUGCUGAAUUUCGGUCAUUAUUGCGCUUACAGAUAGUCAAGAUGAGUUUACAAAACAUUAUGUUUCAAUUUUUUGAAAAUACUGCAGAUGAUAACAAAAUGCCUUCAAUAAGAGCCACUGUAGCACACCAUUAUCCAACCGGCUUAGCCUAAUUAAUAAAAAAUUUACUCUUCAUUUUAAACAAUGUGUUUUAUUUGAAUUUCCCUAUGGAUUUAACGUAAAAAAAACACUUGUGCACAGAAUGGUUCUCUGCAUAACCUUCGGAAGCGAAAAUGUCUAACAAAUUAUAUUUGAUAGAAUCCAGUUUUCGUCAACUACCCAAUUGAAUCUAAUGGAUAAUCAAAUGCUAAAAUUUAGUAAACUCUAAAACUAAGCGGAUGAUAGAGAAUGGUGCCAUAGAAAAGUUACUACGAUUGAUUUAUUCUGCUGAAUAUCCAGAGGUGCUGUUUCAAACUUCGUCUACGUUACCAGGUGCUUUCACUACAUUUCUAUGCUUAACAUAUUCUGCAAGACGCUAGGCAGAUUUCAGUACGGAUAGUUCAUUGAUUUUUUAAAAUUGCAAUUAAAUGAAUUAGAAGGUAUAGUAAAAACAUGGAUUGAUUACGUGAAUUCAAAGAUGCAAAUGAUCCUUUUAAAUUAUCAAUUUAAAAAUGCAAUUAGCAAAUAUAACAUUGAACCAAACUUCAUUAAUAUUUGAUACACUAAAUUAAAAAGAACACAAAUAUUUUUUAUUCGUCUCCAUUGUGUUUUUUGUUUAUACAACAAUAAGCUGAAAAAAGUAAAGUUAUAAACGUUUAGUCAAAUUUUAGCUGAAGUGAACUAGCAGAUAAAUCACCACACUAUUUCAUGAUUUUCAACUAUUAGAAUGAACAUUCAAAACUCAAUUCUACACAACUUUAAUACGAUAGUCGUCUCAUAAACUUCAAUCUAUACUUACAUGGAUGGCACUAUGCACCUUAAAGACUAAGAAAAAAUGAAAAGCCGGACCAAUCAGACAGACUAUAUGAUAAGUAUACAUUAUUGGCCAGCAUCCGAGUUCAUUUUCUAGAAAGAAACAGAUGCUACUGAUCGAAAAUGUGAUUCUACUUUCUAAACGAGAAGGAUGUACAUUCAGUAUGCAUAUAUUAUUGACUCGGUUGUCGAAUGAAAAUCCUCUAUAUAUAUACAUGAGUAACAGACUUAGAAAACAACACAGGAUAACAAAACGUUAUGAACUCAAUUGACAAGUUACCUGAUAUUUAAAAGAAAUUUCAUUAAUUAGUAACACAUAUUACAGAAAUUUAUAAACUUCUACAUCGUUUGUCCACAUAUUUAAUUGACACCCUCCCCCCCCAAAAAAAUUAUACAACAUAUUCUUCAAUAGAAGCAAUAAUAAAUAAUAAAUGAAUACUGUGUAAGCCCAUUUUACUAAUAAUAAUAAUAAUAAUAAUAA